GCCCCGCCCCCCUGCACUAACAGGCUCAGUGUCUGCGUAAGGAUCCUGGGGCAAACAACCACUUGGAGAGCCAAGGAGUGAGAGGUACAGCUGGCGAUGCUGACAGGGAGCUGCGGGGACCCUCAGAAAAAGCCACAGGUGACCCAGGACUCAGGGCCCCAGAGCAUGGGGCUUGAGGGACGAGAGACAGCUGGCCAGCCACGAAUGACCCUGCUGCCCACGCCCAACGUCAGUGGGCUGAGCCAGGAGUUUGAAAGCCACUGGCCAGAGAUCGCAGAGAGGUCCCCGUGUGUGGCUGGCGUCAUCCCUGUCAUCUACUACAGUGUCCUGCUGGGCUUGGGGCUGCCUGUCAGCCUCCUGACUGCAGUGGCCCUGGCGCGCCUUGCCACCAGGACCAGGAGGCCCUCCUACUACUACCUUCUGGCGCUCACAGCCUCGGAUAUCAUCAUCCAGGUGGUCAUCGUGUUCGCGGGCUUCCUCCUGCAGGGAGCCGUGCUGGCCCGCCAGGUGCCCCAGGCUGUGGUGCGCACGGCCAACAUCCUGGAGUUUGCUGCCAACCACGCCUCAGUCUGGAUCGCCAUCCUGCUCACGGUUGACCGCUACACUGCCCUGUGCCACCCCCUGCACCAUCGGGCCGCCUCGUCCCCAGGCCGGACCCGCCGGGCCAUUGCUGCUGUCCUGAGUGCUGCCCUGUUGACCGGCAUCCCCUUCUACUGGUGGCUGGACAUGUGGAGAGACACCGACUCACCCAGCACACUGGACGAGGUCCUCAAGUGGGCUCACUGUCUCACUGUCUAUUUCAUCCCUUGUGGUGUGUUCCUGGUCACCAACUCGGCCAUCAUCCACCGGCUACGGAGGAGGGGCCGGAGUGGGCUGCAGCCCCGGGUGGGCAAGAGCACAGCCAUCCUCCUGGGCAUCACCACACUGUUCACCCUCCUGUGGGCGCCCCGGGUCUUCGUCAUGCUCUACCACAUGUACGUGGCCCCUGUCCACCGGGACUGGAGGGUCCACCUGGCCUUGGAUGUGGCCAACAUGGUGGCCAUGCUCCACACGGCAGCCAACUUCAGCCUCUACUGCUUUGUCAGCAAGACUUUCCGGGCCACUGUCCGACAGGUCAUCCACGAUGCCUACCUGCCCUGCACUUUGGCAUCACAGCCAGAGGGCAUGGCGGCGAAGCCUGUGAUGGAGCCUCCUGGACUCCCCAAAGGGGCAGAAGUGUAGAGGAGGGGGCCCAGCUAGGGAGCUCAGGGUGGCUCAUGGCCACAUGUACUGGGGCCUUUGAGGUUGUACCCAAAACACGUUUAUCAACAGCUUGCUUUCCUUGGGUGGGGGUGGAGGCUCCUCCUUUGGGUGUGGCUCCCAGGUAGAGAGGAGGACAACUUAGCCAGCUCUUAU